AUGGCGUUAUCGAAAGAGCUUAUAUUUGAAGAACUUUCUUUAAUUUUGAUGAAAUAUUCAUUAGGUAAACUUUCUUCAUCGAUUGAACAAAUAACUGAUGGAUGGACAAAUCUUACCUACAAAUUUCAAAUAGAAUCAAAUGGAAAAUUUUAUAUUCUUCGAAUAUAUCAUUCAGAUAGAGAAGAAAAUAUUCAAGUUGAAUUAAACUUUAUUUCCUAUCUUUAUAAUCAAAUUCAUCUACCAGUUGUCCCAAGCAUUGAUCCACCAGGAAUAUUUUUAUUAACUAAUCAAUAUUAUUGUGUUAUAUUUCCGUUUAUUGAUGGUAUUAAAUAUAUAAAUACACCACAAAAUUAUCUUCGUCAAUUAGGGCAAACAUUAGAAAUUAGUCGAUUUCUUGGUCAAUUGCAUUCUAUUAAUAAUGAAAAUACUUUGUCUAUAUGUAAUUAUCGAGUAAUUAAUAUUGUCGAUACGAAAUAUCAACUGAUUAAUUCAUGUGAUAAAUUUCAAAAAGAUUAUAAAGAUUUAUAUAAACGAAUACGUAAAAUAAUAGAUGAAUGUACAAGUAUGAUUCCGGUAAUUGAAAAUGAAUUUGAACAAAUAAUGUUUGAAAGAAAUCUUGAAAAAAAUCUUCCCAAAGAUUAUGCUAAACAAUUCCUAAUUGAAUAUCAACAUACUCGAAAAAUGUCGUUAACAAAUGAUGAAUGGAAUUUAUUAGAACUUUAUUGUUAUAUGACUAUAUUUCAUCAAAUAUUAUUUAUUAUUCACUUACAAGAUAAUGAAAAAAUAAUUAACGAAAUGAUCAAUGAAUUACUUUUACCUAGUGAAGAAAUUUCUCAAAAUAAAACAUUCUUACGAGAUCUUCGAUAA